AUGUCGGACUCCACUAUUGUGCUCAUCACCGGAGCCAAUUCGGGUGUCGGAUACGCAACCGCCGAAUCCAUUGCCUCUCAGCCCGGCUACCACGUUAUUCUCGCCUGCAGAGACCUCAACAAAGCGCACCAAGCCCGCCAAGAACUCGAACAGAAGAAUCUCCAAGGAACCCUCUCCGUCCUCCAACUUGACGUCGAAGACGACACUUCCAUCUCCCAGGCUGUCGAGUCAGUCUCCCAGACCUUCGGCCGAGUCGACGCCUUCAUCAGCAACGCCGGCACCACCUCGGUCGGCACAUCCGGUCGAGAAAAGCUCCAAAAGACCUUCUCCACAAACGUCUUUGGCGCAAUGCUCGUCACAGAAGCGUUUAUCCCCUUGCUCCUCCGAUCAAAGAAUCCGCGUCUUAUCCAGAUAUCCAGCGGACUGGGCUCAUUGGGGCUGGCGUCGGACUUGUCCUCGCCGUUUAGCGCUUCGCCAUGGGACGAGUACCGGAUGAGCAAGGCCGCGCUGAAUAUGAUGACUGUACAGAUGCAUAAGCGGCUGAAGGAUGAGGGUGUUUGUGUCUUUGCGUUUUGUCCGGGUCUGGUGCGGUCGCGACUGCGGGGUGAGUCGGAGGAGGCGAUGAAUGCGCAGGGUCGAGCGGGAGAUCCGAUGGUUUCGGGAAAGGCGAUCUUGGAUAUUGUUGCUGGACGGAGGGACGAUUGUGCCGGUCGGUUUUUGUCGGUUGGUGGGGUUUAUCCGUGGUAG